AUGGGGGUUCUUGGUACAACUCCCAUACCACUACGUGGUUCCAGCUCGACGGAGGGCUUUUUUCAGCGUCCACCCAAACUGGUCAAUCAAUUUAUUGAAGACGUCGCCUUCCGAAGGGCAUUUGAAGCUUUCCUCCCGGUCGAUAUACGAACCUCCGUCGAAGACGAAUUCGAGAAGUUUGCUGAUGAGGUCUUGACUCCAAAGGUUUUUGGCAAUAUUGCGGACGCAGAGAGAAAUCUCUCUUAUGUGAAGACUUGGGAUAUGUGGGGGAAUAGGGUAGAUGAGGUUGUUUUGAGUAAUGGUUGGAAUAAUCUUGUUGCUCUGGUAUAUAGAGCAGGGCUCGCUUUCCUCUUACCAACCACUUCUGAGAAAGUACUGACGCUCUUAGGUUCGUUUCGAUUGCGCAUGAAAAGCCUUAUGGCAGGUUUAGUCGUCCUGUGCAAUUUUUGA